CUGCGCGCGGCCCGAGCUCCUGCGUGUGCCAGCCCCGCGGUCUUCUCUGCCGGCGUCUCCGGCGAUGGAUAAUGCCUGCGAGUCGCCCACGGAAAAAGGUGGAGACACAGCGGCGUCGGACGAGACGGCCCCGCCUCCCGGGGGCUCCGGGGCUCCUGACACGGACGGAAUCCCGGAGGAAACGGACGGGGACGCGGAGGCGGACGUGAAAGAAGCCGCGGCUGAGGACGGCGAGCUCAAGAGUCAGGACAUCUCGGAUUUAACAGCAGUUGAAAGGGAAGACUCAUCGUUACUUACCCCUGCAGCCAAAAAACUGAAAAUAGACACAAAAGAAAAGAAAGAGAAGAAGCAGAAAGUAGAUGAAGAUGAGAUUCAAAAGAUGCAAAUCCUGGUUUCUUCAUUUUCUGAGGAGCAGCUGAACCGUUAUGAAAUGUAUCGCCGGUCAGCCUUCCCUAAGGCAGCUAUUAAAAGGCUGAUCCAGUCCAUCACUGGCACCUCCGUGUCUCAGAAUGUGGUUAUCGCUAUGUCUGGUAUUUCCAAGGUUUUUGUUGGGGAAGUGGUAGAAGAAGCACUGGAUGUGUGUGAGAAGUGGGGAGAAAUGCCACCACUACAACCCAAACAUAUGAGAGAGGCUGUUCGGAGAUUAAAGUCGAAGGGGCAAAUACCCAACUCGAAGCACAAAAAAAUCAUCUUCUUCUAAGACCAAAGCCUAUAAAGGCCUGGUACUGGAGGACAUGCUGGUUCCAGACUUCAAUUUGCAGACUGUGCACUGGUGCUUUAGUAUUUUCCCAUGAUUUUAAUGUCUUCCUCAAAACUCUUAUGUUCAUUACACAUGACAGGCAUGCGGUGUCUCAUACAUGCCAUGACUAAAUAUUGGACCUUAGAGUAUUUCGAAGCAUUUAACUGUCCUUGGCUAGUUGGAAGAAGAAAGACACAUAGGCCUUAAGCAUCUUCUGGACAGGAGAGCUGCUUUCAGAGAGAAUCUUUCCAAGAGAACUUGGAUGGUUUCGCAUUGAAUCCUGAAGUUGCUAUGUCUUACAUCUGGUUUUAAGUAAAUGAAACAACCAGAAACUUUUGACUUGUGAUGCUAACAUGAACAACGUGUAUAUGAGUAGUGGAAUAGUUUGUCCCUAUGAACGUUUAAGAUUCUCCUUUGGAUUUUGGGGAGUGAUCAUUAAACUGUUUCCCAA